GGCGCGUUAAUGGCGGUUGGAGGCCGCUGCUGUCAGCAGCCUCUGGUCUGUGGCUGGUGCAUGGAGCUGGCGGCCGGUGUCCUGUUGCUCUUACAGAUGAGCGGCCGUUUUAUUAGCGGCUAACUAAUUUCAUUGGAGGCACAGAACUGUCAUUGAGGACUGGGUUGCUUUGAGAGAAUUCUGCAAGCUACUGCCCUAAUGAAUAGAUGGCCCUAACUGAACAAAGAAUAGGACCUGUGUCAUGCACAUCAGCUGUAAUGGUGCCAUCCACAUCCUUCUCCAGAUGUCGGUUCACUUGUGAGAAGACCUGUGCUAGGAGGUAAUGAUGCCUUCCUCCUGAAUGAAGCCUCCCCAUCUGGCUUUUUUUCCACUGCUUAUCAAAUGAGCGCAGCUGAGGAACUGAGUGCAUACCUGAGAGUUUGGACUUCGUUAAAUGAUCUGUUUCCAUAUUACCCUUUGGAGCAUGGAGCUCAGCAUACUCACAGAUAUGUCAGAGAUUGUCAGCCUAUAAUUUUUGGAAAUGUAACACACGAAACCUGGGCUGCUGAUAAAUCCACAGACCUUCCUAUAGCUAAAACUACUGUAUUUGUUUCAAACUUUCCCACUGAAGAAGGAAAGCUUAAAGCUGUCACUGGCCACUUCACUUUUGUGAAUAAUCCAUUGAGAACUGUCUCAGUUUUGGAACCACUAAAGCCAGGUGGAUGCAGUCAGUCUUACAGAGCAACAGUACAAGAAACUAUAAAAUCCAAGAAGUGUUUGGUGGCUCAAAAUGGUGGAUUUUUUGACAUGAACACAGGAAGUUGCUUGGGUACAGUUGUGAGUGAUGGAAAACUGGUGCAAGAUGGAAAGGGAAUUCAAAAUGCACAAUUUGGGAUUAAGAAGGAUGGCACAUUAGUAUUUGGAUAUCUGUCAGAAGAGGAUGUCAUGGAUAAAGAAAACCCCUUCGUUCAACUAGUGAGUGGAGUAAUAUGGCUCCUGCGCAAUGGCACUAUUUAUGUUAAUGAGAGCCAAUCAGCUGAGUGUUCAAAGAUACAAGAAACAGGGUCUUUUGAAAGAUUCGUUAAUGUGGUGUCUGCACGAACUGCUAUAGGACAUGAUAAAUAUGGGAGGCUUGUUUUAUUACAUAUUGAUGGACAGACUGACCUCAGAGGGCUGAGUCUCUGGGAAGUUGCUGGAUUUUUGAAGGACCAUGGAAUUAUUAAUGCCAUUAAUUUGGAUGGAGGGGGGUCAGCUACUCUGACACUCAAUGGAUCUCUUGCAAGCUAUCCAUCAGAUCAUUGUUCAUCUGAUCCCAUGUGGCGCUGUCCUCGGGCUGUUUCUACAGUCGUGUGCAUUCACGAGCCUGAAUGUGUACCUGCAGAUUGCAGUGGCCAUGGGGAUUGCUUGCUCGGAGAUUGUUACUGCACAGGUUUUUGGUCUGGCCCAGCUUGUAACUUGCUUAACUGUGGACCUUCAAAUUGUACUCUACAUGGAAUCUGCUCUGAGGGUGGUUGCCUUUGUGAUGCUGGAUGGAUGGGAACUAAUUGUAGUGAUGUAUGCCCUAAUGGUUUCUACGGCGAUGGUUGUAGCCAAAAAUGUCACUGCAUAAAUGAUGGGAAUUGUGAUCAUAUACAUGGCACUUGCAGCUGUCUGCCUGGUUAUCGUGGAGACUUCUGUGAACAAGAGUGUCCCAUGGGAUGGUAUGGAUGGAGGUGUCAAAAGGCAUGUAACUGUACAAAUAUGUGCCCUUGCCAUCCAGUGACUGGAAGUUGUAACAUCACUCAUGACUCCAGAUUUAAUGACACGUUAAAAAGAGUGCAUCAGUGCCCACACAUCAAGAACCAACAUGGCUUUGAAGAGGAUUCACUUUUCUUUAAAGAGAAAACUUGGCUAAUUAUAACAGUCACCCUUCUCGUCUUUUUACUACUGAGCACAGCAGGAAAUCUUUUUCAAUUUUGCCAAAAAUCUGCUUGCUUUGGAUUCCGUAAUGAGUACUCCUAUCAACGACUGAAAGAAUCUAAUGGACAACUAACUUGUGUGGACAUCCCUGAAAUUAUCCCGUUGAAACAGGCUGAUGCAUUAAUUGAGGAAGACAGGAGCUCAGAAUCUAUGAAUUUUUAACAACUUUUGGAGUUCCAUGCAAAUGUUGUCUUUAUUGCUGCCUUGCUUUGCUUCUAGCAAAGCAGCUGAUUUUUGUUUUGAACUUGGAAGAACCUAGAUGGAUCUCCUGCAAACUGUACCUACUGCCAGUAGUCACCUAGACAUCGCCCUCAGGAAUUGCAACACUGUGAAGGAAACAUGCUAUAUAUAUGUGUGUGACUAAGUUUUAGUAACAUCCAGAUAUACUGGAAUUCAUAUGCAGAGUUCCAAAUCAUAAAACAAUAUUUGAAGAUGUAAUGUUUUCUAUAAUACAUUUUUUUACACACCUUUUCAUCCCCAUCCUAAUUCCCCAUUUUUUCAGUGUGACUGGCACAAAUAUAAAACUAGGGUUGUAUCCAUGGAAUUUUGAAUAUUAUGGGGUGAUUCGAAGUUUUCAAGACAAUAAGGUGGAACUGAUCAGGUUAAUGGAUAGAAACUAUUUCUGCUGCUUGGGGCCUCUAGAAUUAGGGGGCAUGGCCUAAAAAUUAAGAGCCAGAUCUUUCAAGGUGAUGUUACAAAACACUUCCACAUGUAGUGUGAUAAAAUUUUGGAACUCUCUUCAACAAAUGACAGUUGAUGCUGCAUCAGUUAAUUUUAAAUCUGAGAUUGAUAUAUUUUGUUAACAAAAGAUAUAACAGAAGGGAUAUGGAGAAAUUGUGGGUAUAUGAUGUUAGGUCACAGAUCAAGCCAUGAUCUCAAUGAAUGAUGGAACAGGCUCAAUGAGCUAAAUGGCCUACUCAUGUUCCUAUGUUCUUAGUAAAGGGCAGAUAUUCAAAAAGUGAUAUGGUGCUUUGCUGCCUUUUGAUUCCAGGACUGGAAUUCUGAUAUGAGGGUCAGAAUUAAAUGUAUGUUUUGGUUCUUGCUCAAGCUCCUCAUCAGUUGAUUUCUAGUGCAAUUCUUGCAAAGCUGCUGAUUGGGGUAAUUUCCACAGCAGCAUUUGUUCUUCACAGAGCACCUAAAUUCCCAAAUGAGUAUAUUUACUGUAUACAUGUUACAGAUGCUUUAAAUUUUGAACUCAUUUUACAGAUCCACAAAGGUUCUGAAAAUAUAAUCUGAAACAUGAUUAUUUCAGUUUUGUCUCUCUACAACCAGGGGAACACGAAGGACAUUUUGAUUAAGGGUUAAAGGAAUUUUACAAUGAAAUUUGAUGCACUCUGAACAUUUUUUUGAACCUUUUCUAUAAACCUUUUGCCACAUUGUGUUAAAUUUGCAGCACUUUUCUGACACUUGAUGCAAGUUGUUGAACUGAUACAAGCAUAUUUAACAUGAACAAAUUAGGGCAAAACAGUCCAUUAAGAUAUUUGAUUUUGAAGCAUGUUCCCAAUCCAACAAUAAUAAUUGAGUUUUUAAACAAAAGCUUGGCAUCCUGAUUAAGGCUGCUGCUUCAUUAUUUUUCAUAAUGAUAAUGUCCUCUUUAAGCCUUGUCUUUCCAGCAUGGUUUCUUAAUUUAAAGAGUAACCAAUGUAUGCAUCAUAGUGGAUUACAUGUAUUCAGCAAUGGACUUAAUAAUUACAACUGUGAAUCAUGUAUUUUUCAUGAUGUUUAAUUCCCAAACUUGAAUUAGUACAAGAAUGCAAAAGUUUAAGGAAUAUCACCAUAGGCUGAGGUUCUAUAAGCCUUUAUCCUCCAGUUUCCCUUUAAAAUAUAUAAUAAUUAAAGCAUGUCACUUUUUAAAAAUCCUGCUUUUGAAAUAUACUUAUUGGUAGUGUUUUGAUAUUUUUCCCCAACAGUUUGAGGCAUCUUAACUGAUAAACUGGUGCCUAUCCAAGAGCUUCUCGUUAGCAUGUCACUGAAUGGGAGUAAAUAAAGUGCAGUAAUUGUGUACUUCCUAUGGAUGUUUUCACUGUGCUUUGCAAAUUCAGUUCGAGUAAGUUAUUUGCACUAAAUACUCUUGGGCUACGCAAUAGAAAAGGGUGCAAUAAAAUCAAUAUUUGCCAAUGUAUCAUCUGUUUUUACAAAUGGAUAUAAUUAAAGCUUAGAGCUUUAAAUAAGUUUUAUCUGCUGAUUAUGUAUUCCCUAACAUAUGCACCAUUCUUUGCUGCAGAAAUGGAUAUCUGGUUUCUGAGGUUCUCAGUUCUGCUCUAAAGUGAUCAUAUUGAAGUACAUGAGAGCUAACUGAGGUGAUGUGCUUGUCAUUUUGCAAGGAAUCACAUGAUCAAUUCUUUUAUUGCUUAUGAUAGUGUUGUAAAAUUGACAAAAUUGUGAGCAUAACAUCUGAUAAUACCACUUAGUAGCUAAUGGGAAUUAUGAGUGCCAAAUACUUAAUUCCAUUUUACCUUUCUCCAAAUGCCAAUGAUCCUCAUCUUGGAAAUUUUGCUCUGAGAUUAAACCAAAAUCAGGGAGCCAUUUUGGUUGCACUUAUUUUUUUCUUCACUGAGAAUGUACAAAUUCUGUGCUUAUAUUUGAAAAUCUAGUGUCAAAUGUACAAUGCAUAUUGAUUGGAAAGAAGUUGCUCUCAUACCUGAUUAUGAAGGGAAAUAUUCUGAUCAUAUCAAAUGAAUUUCAUAUUGCACUUUAAGUAUGGUUCUUAACUGGGAUUUAUCAAAAUAUCAGUUUUAUUUUUAAAAUGCAUAGAUUUACAUCUUUCAAACUGGAAUGUAGUCUCUGAAAUGUUAAUAAAACUCUUGCACUAAA